AAAAUUCCUGAUCAAACAGUGAAACUGCAUAUAUAUAUAUAUAUAUGAGAAAGUAUUUAAUUAAACUGUGACCUAAAGAUUGACCGAUUCAAAAGGCAAAAUAGUGGCGAGUUAUUGUCCAUCGCUUGAUAUUUCAAUGUUUUGCCCAAAGCAAAUAUAUCUUUUUAAGUACACUGUACAGAAAUCGAAAGUGUAUAUAGCAAGUAUGACUUACAAUAAAUAAUAAAACAAUAAUUAGUUGAGGUGUUGUCACAUUUUUUAAUAACUUGGUUGAAUCGUGAUCAGAAUUAUCAUUUUAAUCCCCUUUCAUCCCUGCUAAUUAUUUUGUCAAAUGCAUUUUGCAAUUGCAUUUUAUCAUUACAUAAUAAUCCACAAUAUCAUUCUAUUAAUUUCCAUUUGAUAGUAAACAAUUUUCUUUGCUGCAUGGAAGUUCUAAUGUGAAUGAAAUGUUAGAAUUAAUCUGAUUAAAAUAUCAUUAUUUACCACUCAACACCCUUCAUUCAUAUUCCUGCUCUGGAUUACCCUUCACGUUCCCCCAUUAUUUAUGUAAAUUAGCUCCAGGUUGCCUGGUAUUUACCCACAAUGCAACAUAAACCUCAGAUCAAGGAGAAAAUGGCGGUGUAUGGAAGGAAGUGUACAGCUCUUCAAACCUCUUGUUUUAUUCAGCGAAACUAAAAUGAAAAAGAAACCCUGUGAUGGAUGGUGGCUAAUUGCGUUGAUUACUCUGACAGGGUUGACAAUUCAACAGGCAUCAUCAGUAGACUGUCCUAGUUCAUGUCGGUGUGGAAUAGAUGCUUCUGGAGUCUUCAGUGUGGACUGUACAAACCGAGAACUCACAACUUUCCCCGAAUCAAUACCACUCAUUGCAACAAAGCUAAACAUUAGUGGGAACUGGAUUACACACUUAAACAGACUUGAAGGAGAAAAUGUUUUAUUUAUAAAUGUCACAAUAUUGGAUUUAAGUAACAAUGCUGUUGUUGAUCUUCAUUCAACUUUCUUGAAAGCAUUUUCUAAUUUGGAAUACUUGUAUUUCAAACAAAACAAAUUGACAGAAAUUCCAAAUUUUCUUCCUGAAAAAUUAGUAGUAUUACAUCUAAGCAUUAAUAUGAUUACAAGUCUAUGUCAUCUGAGUGGAAGUCAUUUGCGAGAACUUUAUUUAAGGGAUAAUUACAUUGAUCUCAGCAAUGGGGGUCUUCAUUGUGAGCAAAGAAAAAGGUCAAACACCACUUUUGAAUUUUUAAAUCUUGAAAUUUUAGACCUUUCUGGGAAUCGGAUUAGAAAUAUAGAUGAUAAUACUUUCAAAAGAUUUCCAAAACUGAAACACAUAUCUCUUUCAAACAACAGAGUAUCAAAUGUGUCUUUUGUAAAGGAAUUGAACGUAGUUGAAGUUCUAGAUUUAAGCAAUAAUUCUAUUUCAGGAUUUAAUCAAAGAAGUCUUAAAAAUUUGCAUAAUCUGCGAUAUUUGUCGUUAGCAUUUAAUAGCUUUGUAAAUCUGCCGAGCUAUUUACCAACACUUGAAUGGUUGGACAUGUCAUUCAACAAUAUUACACAUUUGAGUGAGGAAGUUGAUGAGAAUGAGCUUUACCCUCAUGAUGUGUUUCUGUUAGGGGGUAAUCCAUUUCACUGUGACUGCCACCUACAAUGGGUAAAAGACUUGUAUGAUUUACGUCUAUACUUACUGAAAUACAUUGAUGUAAAUUUGGAAAAAUACAUCCCAGUUUGUGCAACACCCGUUCACCUAGCUGGAAAAUCAUGGGACAUGCUUGACUCGGAUCAGUUUGUAUGUUCCGAUAUAAGGAAACCGGUAAAGGAUGAUAAGACACCAGAGAAAGAUCAUUCAUGGUCUCCUGAACUGCAUGUAAGUUUUGUAGGACAGACAUAUAUCAAAGUAGGCUGGAUACCACCGCAAGGAGAAGUUAAUUCUAAAUCAAGGGAGAUGGUUUUAGCAUACCGAACAUUUGGUGGGCAGAAUGUUUGGAGGGAGAUGUCAGUCACUGGUAAUGUCGGUGUUUACACUAUACAUGAUUUACACCCGGACACAGCAUAUCUUGUUUGUCUGAAAAGUGUACAGGUUACGUCCUUAGACCAUAACUGUGUGGAUGUCAUCACUCUUGGUCAGUCUUUGAUGGAGUAUUACAUGUUGAUAGGCUUGGUGGCAGUGCUUGCUUGUGGUUCUCUCAUAUUAACAAUUUGUUUGUGUUUCUUCAAAGGUGACAGUCAAAAGAAGCAACAGUAGGCUUGUAUUAUAUUAUAUUUAUAUUGUGAAACUUCAUGAAUGUUGAUGAUUGAAAUUUUCUUGUGAACAGAGAAAUAAAAAUAACAGGAGAAAGAACCUCUAUUGAGUUUU